AUGCUUUCAAACCUUGUACUUGUAUCGUCUCUAUUAUACUUCUGUGUCAUCUACACAGAUAGCCUUUAUGUCAAAUAUCUGUUGAAGCCUAUUACAACAUUACUUAUUAUUGGUGUUGGAUUGGAAUCAGAUAAUGUUCGAAAUAACGCCAAGUUAGCAGGAUUGGUUUUCUCAUUACUUGGCGAUAUCUUCUUGAUGUUUGCUGGUGAGGAAAUGUUCAUCUUGGGCUUGUCAUCCUUCUUGACCGCACACAUUUUCUACAUUUACAUGUUUUAUAACACAAAGAAGAGAGAUCAGGCCAGUGCUUUGUUUGGACUUUUAUCAAUUGCGUCAGUGUACUUUUCAUUCUUGUACCCAAGCAUUUUCCAAGAGGGCGGCAUUGUGAUGACUGUUGCGGUGGCUGUGUAUAUUAUUGUGAUCACAUUUAUGGUGUAUUAUGCCCUUAUGAAUGAUAAUACAAAUCUCUCUAUUGGUGUGUUCUUGUUCUUUAUAUCUGAUGCUACACUUGCCUUAGACAAAUUCUUGUAUCGUGCACCCGACAGAAGAUGUGAAUAUAUAGUCAUGAUUACCUACUAUGCAGCACAAUUUUGCAUUGCUAGAUAUUAUUAG